GAAAAGGGUUGGAAUCAAAUAAGAGCGUAAUGGGUUUUGUGGUUACAACUCUAAUCUUUGCAAUGGUGGGCGUAAUUGCUUCCCUUAUGGUCAGAAUCUGCUGCGGUAGAGGCGCUUCGGCCAAUUUGCUCCAUCUUACACUGGUGAUCACAGCAGUAGUGUGCUGUUGGAUGAUGUGGGCAAUUGUAUACGUUGCACAGAUGAAACCACUCAUUGUUCCAAUCCUCAGUGAAGGAGAGUGAGUUGAAACAUUGAAGAAUCUGUUCGUGCAGAAUUGGGUCACACAUCAUUGUUUCAGACUUCCCAUUCGGGAUUUAGAUGUAUAAUUUUGGAAGAGAGUUGGUCGGAAUUUAAGAGACCUGGGAUUGGUUGUUGUAUUGCCUUCUCCCAAUAUAUUUGUUUGCUUCACCUUCAUCCUUGGAAAACAGGGUGAUAGAACAGUCUGUAUUUUUAUUUUUUGGUCGUAGAUAGACCAAUUUGCAUGUAUGUAACUCUUUUUUUUUUUUUUUUCGAUGUGAAAUAAAAAGUCGAUCUUGAGUGUCUA